AUGUGCGACUCCACCAUCAAGUCACUUCAAAAGGUGCUGCAGAACGAAGGCGAUGCCAUCAAGCCCGUUUUUGGCAUUUGCCUUGGCCACCAGCUGCUCUCCAUCGCCAUCGGCGCCAAGACCUACAAGCUGACCUUUGGCAACCGCGGUCACAACCAGCCUUGCAGCAACAACCAGUCUGGCCGCUGCUACAUCACCUCUCAAAAUCACGGAUUUGCCACCGACGCAUCAGCCCUACCUGCGGGUUGGGUGCCAAUCUUCACCAACGAGAACGACUCAACCAACGAGGGCAUUGCGCACGAGUCGCUGCCGUUUUUUAGCGUGCAGUUCCACCCCGAAGCCACAGCCGGGCCCGAGGACUUGGAGCUGCUCUUUGAUGUCUUCCUUAUGCAGUGCCGCGACAAGGCGGCCCGUGCCCAACCUCUGCCUCAGACCAUUGCCGACUUUCUCAUUGAAAAGUCUUACGGCAAACCCUCGCCACCACCCGCCACUUUGCCCACCAAGGUGGUGGUUCUCGGCUCGGGCGGCCUUACCAUCGGCCAAGCCGGCGAAUUCGACUACUCUGGCUCUCAAGCCAUCAAGGCUCUCAAGGAAGAGGGUGUGCAGACCGUUUUGAUCAACCCCAAUAUCGCCACCGUGCAGACCAUGAAGGGUCUCGCAGACAAGGUGUACUUCUUGCCCGUCACCCCGGAAUACGUCGAGCAAGUCAUCGCCUACGAGCGCCCCGACGGUCUUCUCCUGGCUUUUGGUGGACAAACAGCGCUCAACUGCGGUGUUGAGCUCUACGAGAAGGGCAUUUUUGAAAAGUACAGCGUGCGCGUUCUGGGCACGCCGGUCCAGGCCAUUGUGGACACGGAAGACCGCGAGAUCUUCAGCCAGAAGCUGUCCCAGAUUGACGAGAAGUGCUGUCCCAAUAUUGCCUGCACCACAGUCGAUGAGGUGGUGGCUGCAGCCGAGAAGAUUGGUUACCCCGUGAUGAUGCGCUCCUCCUUUGCACUUGGUGGCCUUGGCUCGGGUGUCGUCGACAACGUCGAUGAUCUCCGCGAGAAAGCCCGUGUUGCCUUGAACAACACCACGCAAGUCAUGCUUGAGCGCUCUUUGCACGGCUGGAAGGAAAUUGAGUACGAAGUUGUUCGCGACUGUGAGGACAACACGAUCACGGUCUGUAACAUGGAGAACUUUGACCCUCUCGGUAUCCACACGGGUGAGAGCAUCGUCAUUGCGCCCUCGCAAACGCUUUCAAACGACGAGUACAACAUGCUCCGCACUACCGCGGUUAAAGUGGUCCGACACAUCGGCAUUGUGGGCGAAUGUAACAUUCAGUACGCGCUCAACCCAUUCUCGCGUGAGUACUACAUUGUCGAGGUCAACGCGCGCCUCUCGCGGUCCAGUGCCCUUGCCUCCAAGGCCACCGGCUAUCCCCUGGCGUACGUGGCGGCCAAGCUCGCGCUCGGCCACACCUUGCCCAAGCUGCGUAACUCGGUGACCCGCAAGACCACCGCUUGCUUUGAGCCCUCGCUCGACUAUUGCGUUGUCAAGAUUCCGCGUUGGGAUCUCAGCAAGUUCCCUACCGUUGACAAGCGCCUGGGCACUUCCAUGAAGAGCGUCGGCGAGGUCAUGGCCAUCGGCCGCAUUUUUGAGGAGGCCUUCCAAAAAGCUUUGCGGAUGGUGGAUCUUGGAUUCAUGGGCUUUGAGGCCGGCAAGGUGGAAAUUAAUCAGGAGGAGCUGGUCCAUGGCAGCGAGCAACGCCCGUUUAUGCUGGCCACGGCCCUCAAACGCGGCUACACUGUUGAUCAGCUCUAUGACCUGACCAAGAUUGACAAGUGGUUCUUGUACCGCCUGCAGCGCAUCGUCAUGCAUGGCGACUUGCUGAAGCAGUACGACAUGCAUUCCGUACCGGCCCCUAUCCUGCGCGAGGCCAAGCAACUGGGCUUCUCUGAUGCCCACAUUGGCGCCAUCGUCAAUGGCAACGAAGUCGGCGUGCGCACGCGACGCCAGACCCUGAACAUUUUGCCUGUCGUCAAGCAGAUCGAUACCGUGUCGGCCGAGUACCCGGCUUACACCAACUAUCUCUACCUCACGUACAACGGCACGGCAAACGACGUGGAAUUCGAAGGCGACUACGUCAUGGUUCUGGGCUCGGGCGUGUACCGCAUUGGCAGCAGCGUCGAGUUUGACUACUGCGCCGUCGGCUGCGUGCGUGAACUCCGUCGCCUAGGCUUCAAGACGAUCAUGGUCAAUUACAACCCGGAGACCGUGUCCACCGACUACGACGAGUGCGAUCGUCUUUACUUUGACCAGUUGACCUUUGAGACGGUCAUGGACAUUUAUGAGCUGGAAACAGCCCGGGGCAUCGUCCUUUCCAUGGGUGGUCAGAUCCCCAACAACAUUGCCAAUGCGCUGCAGCGCGCCAAUGCCAAGGUCCUGGGCACCACCCCCGACAUGAUUGAUAAUGCCGAGAACCGAUACAAGUUCAGCCGUAUGUGUGAUUCGAUCGGCGUCGAUCAACCCGAGUGGAAGGAACUCACCUCAGUCGAGUCGGCCAAGGCAUUUGCAGAGAAGGUCAGCUAUCCCUGUCUGAUGCGGCCGUCUUACAUUCUGUCUGGCACCGCCAUGCGUGUCGCGCAUAGCGCACACGAUUUGGAGAACGACUUCCGCACUGCCGUGGUCGUCUCGCGUGACUACCCCGUCGUCCUGUCCAAGUUUAUUCUUGACGCGAAGGAAAUCGAAGUCGAUGCCGUUGCUUCGAAUGGUGAACUGGUGGCCUCGUGCAUUUCAGAGCACGUUGAGAAUGCUGGCGUGCAUUCGGGAGAUGCCACCAUCGUGCACCCGCCCGUUGACCUGACGCAAAAGACCAUGAACGGUUGUCUGGCCAUUGCUGGCAAGAUUGCCAAGGCUUUGCACAUCACUGGACCGUUCAACAUUCAAUUCAUCGCCAAGGACGACAACUUGAAGGUCAUCGAGACCAACGUGCGCGCUUCACGCUCAUUCCCCUUUGUGUCCAAGACGGCCAACGUGGACAUGAUUGCCAUCGCCACUCGCGUGAUGCUUGGCCUCGACCCGGAAGUUCCACCUCAAGUCAAGCCCGAUCGCGUCGGCGUCAAGGUGCCUCAGUUUUCCUUCAACCGCCUGGCAGGCGCCGAUCCCACACUGGGUGUGGACAUGAUUUCCACCGGCGAGGUGGCUUGCUUUGGCAAGACUCGUGAGGAAGCGUACCUGAAGGCCAUGAUCUCGACCAGCUUCCGUCUGCCUCGCCCUCAGGGCAACGUUCUUCUUUCCAUCGGUGGUUACGACGGCAAGCUUGAGUUUUUGGAUUCGACACGCCGCCUGCAACAGCUCGGGUUCAAGCUGUUUGGCUCCAUGGGCACGGCUGACUUUUACUUGAGCCACGGUGUCGAGAUCAAGCCCGUCGACUGGUUGGCUGACACGGAGGACAUUGAGUCGAUCAAGGACAACCUGCUUGAUGGCCACUACGAUAUGGUCAUCAACUUGCCCAUGCGCAACAAGUACCGUCGUCCAGCCUCGUACAUGACCUCUGGUUCCUUGGCUCGUCGCAUGGCUGUCGAGUCGAAGGUGCCCCUCAUCACCAACAUCAAGUGCGCCAAGCUGUUCAUCGCCGCCCUCGGCUCUGAAAACUUGAACCCAAGCUGCUCGCUCGUUGACUGCCAAAGCUCCCUGACCUUUGAGCUCUUGCACAACGUUACCGAUGCCUUUGUGCGGGCCAAGGAGGCAACAAUCGCGGAGGUCAAGACGCUCACGGCUUCUGCCGCCGCCUCGGGCUUUACGGGUAUUUGCCUUGCCCUUCCGCCCAAGCAUACCCUUACAAACGGGGCCGAAUAUCUCGACUUUGUGACGCGUGCCUCGGCCGUGGCAGCUUGUGAUGUCGGCUUUCUCAUGCCCGCUGGCGACCGCACCAUCAUUGAGGCACUGGACUCGCAGCUGACCCCGGCGGCCGUGGCGGCUACCGUCGCCAUGCUGCAGGCCGGCCGCCCCCUGGUGCUCCGCGCCUCAGGCCAUGCCCUUUCCUCGACCCUUCUGCUGGCGUCGCAGUUCCACGUGCGCGUGAUCGUUGUGGAAGUGUCCACGCCGGCCGACCUCGAGCUCAUUGCCAUGGUUCGCAACCAGGGUGUGGAUGUCCUCUGCUCAGCGUCUGUCUUGAACCUGUUCCCGACAACCAACCAGACCAUCCCCUGGACGCAGCAAGACUCUGAUCGCGAGGGUCUCUGGUCGCUCUUGGAUGAGGUGGACUUUUUCACGGCUGGCCACGGCGUUGUAACCAAUGGCCUGCGCCUGGAUACCAUGGGCUCAACGCUGCCCCUAUUGCUUGGUGCCGUGCACGACGGCCGCCUCACCAUUGAGCAGCUGGCCAAGAAGCUCGGUGACAACGUCAACGCGGCCUUUGCCAUCCUGGAACAAGUGAGCUGCCAGGUCGAGGUGGUCGCGGAUGACCUGUGGAAUGCGCCCGAGGGCGUGUCCAACCCCUUCACUGGCACCAAGAGCCACGGCCGCGUCUCACGCUGCAUUCUGCGUGAUCAUGUUGUGAGCAUCGAUGGCCGACUUGUCACUGACAAACCCCAGGGCGAGGUCAUGGAGCAAUUUGCUACCCCACCCACCUCUGCCGUCGAGCCGCUGGUGUUGGCGCAGCCCCCUGCGCGCGCCGCGACCUCCUCGCCCACCCGCUUGCACAAGGCAGCCGCCCCUCUGUCUCGUGGCAAGAGCUCGAGCUCGCUCGAGCGGGCUGCUGUUGUCGCUGUACCCGAGCCAGCCCUGCCGGUGAGUAGCUGUUUGAACGUCUGGCUGCGACACCCUAGUCGUGGGGUUGCCCGCAUCGAUGCCCUGGCACCACCCAGCAUUCUCAAGGGCCGUAACAUUUUGAGUGUUGAGCAGUUUGGCAAGCGCGAGCUGCACGCCCUCUUCAACCGCGCUCACGAGUUUCACUCCACCAAGGGCGCCAGCAAGUUGUUGGACGGCAAAGUUAUGGCCAACAUCUUCUAUGAGCCUUCAACGCGCACCAUGUGCUCCUUUGCCUCGGCCAUGCAGCGUCUGGGUGGUACCGUCAUCACUCUGAGCGAUAUGAAGUCAACGUCGGUGUCAAAGGGCGAGUCGCUGAGUGACACUGUGCGCACCAUGGAGUGCUACACGGAUGUCAUCGUGCUGCGUCAUCCAGCCAAGGGCGCCAUGCGCGAGGCAUCUGAACUCUUGCGUCGACCCCUGAUCAAUGCCGGCGAUGGUGUGGGCGAGCACCCCACGCAAGCCCUGCUCGAUGUCUUCACCAUCCGUGAGGAGCUGGGUACUGUCAAUGGCCUCCACAUCGCCAUGGUGGGCGAUCUCAAGAAUGGUCGUACCGUCCAUUCUCUGGCCCGUCUCUUGAGCCGCUACAACGUGACGCUCCACUACAUCAGCCCGCCCAGCCUUGCCAUGCCGGACGACGUGGUUGAGUUUGUCAAGGCCUCUGGCAUUACUCAACACACGCACGCUUCAAUUGAGGAGAUUGUUGCCGACAUUGACGUCCUGUACGUGACGCGCGUGCAGAAGGAGCGCUUUGAGGACGAGGCCGAGUAUGAGCGGGUCAAGAAUGAGCUGGUGGUGACACCAGAGACGUUGAUCAACGCCAAGAAGCGUAUGAUUGUGAUGCACCCCCUGCCCCGCGUCAACGAGAUCAGCCCGGAUGUGGAUACGGACCCGCGUGCAGCCUACUUCCGUCAGAUGGAGUAUGGUGUCAGCGUGCGCAUGGCCCUUUUGGCGUCCGUACUGGGUCUGUGAUUCUGCCCGCGGCUCGCUUGCCGGGUCAGGCCUAUUUCCCUUGUGGUCGUCCGGCACUCUGUUCCUCGUUUCGUUGUGACGUUGUACCCUCCGGGCCAGCGCAUGUUGGUCCCUGACUAGGCUUUUUUCCAUUAGUUUGUCGUUUUCUGUGAAUCACGUUUUCACGUGUCUUGGUGUUGUGCUUGCUGCUUGCGCCUCGUGCACUGGGUGCUGGCCCCAUCCAGCGCUCAAUCAUUGUUGUGCGUGUGUGUGUAUGUGUGCGCGCGCUUGUGUGCAUCGGCCCUCGCGUCAUUGGGCUCAUACGUUCGAAACCAAAUUGAGAUGUGAGAUGC